AUAAUCUAUUAAUACCAAAAGGUCAGGGAUUUCAUUAUAUAUUUGUUUCUUUAUCUUCAUUGGCUUCCUCUAAUAUGAUUCUAAUCUAUAAGGGUAUCAUCCUCUCAAGAAAUUUAAUAUACUUGGUGUCGUAUAUAUACCCAUAUCCAUAAUUCGUCUACGUCCUGGUAAUAUAGGCAAGCAGUGCACCUUUAAGGUUGGUUCUUCUCGAACUAUAUUUCUUUUUACUUUUUAUCAUUGAGUCUUGAUGAAGCAGAAAAAUGAUUGUAGCAUAGAUUAAUACAUAAAACCAGCAACUUGAACAUGUAUUUGCGUUCAUUGUUGAGUCUGCUUUUUCAAUUUUCUUAUCUGUUUUCACCUUCAUCCCUUUCUAUCAGUCUUUAUUAUUAAUUUGUUGCUAAUUUUGAGACUAUAAUGGUUUAUAGUGUGCGUUGGUUGGCGUAUUAUCUAACCCAAGCCACCGUUGACUAAGAGGGCAGAGUGUUAGAUGUGAUCGGUUGAGCACUUCAAAAAAAAAAAGUAAUCUUUAAUAUGAACUUGGUUUUCUACAUUUGGCUCAUUCACUUAAUACAAAACAGGGUUCAUCUAUUGGUUGUUUCUGGUGCAUAGGUUUUAUCAAAAACUUAGUCUAAAUCUCUCUAGCCUAUGCUAUUUUUUUAUAAAGUUGAUCAUUAAAUUCUUUGGGGGUGAAAAGUCUUUUGCUUUUUUGCUACAUUUCAGGCUUUAACUGCUAGAUUCAGAUGCAUUUCUUUCUUAUUAGUGCAUAAAUGCAGUAGUAAAUUGUAAAAUUAGGACAGAAGCUUGAGGUGUUUGUGUGUCAAUGAACCCAAGAUGGGAUUUAAAAGUCCAUGAAGUUGCUGAAAGCAGUUUCAGACGUGCCAAUCACCUCUUUAGCUGCAUUUGUGAUGGAAGUCAAAAGAGAAGCAAUCAAGAAAUUAGCCUCAUGGCUCAAGAUACAGUAAAUGGAUUCAGGAAAUUGCUUAGCCUCCUUGAUGGAUCAAUGCAAUCAGAGUGUAAAAGGAUCAGGAGGGGUCCAUUGCCGAAAUCCAAUAAUGUAAAUCCAGCUGAAUUGAUGGACAGCCCCAGUUUUGCAUCCCAAAGUUCCAUUUGCAAACCGAGUCAACCACAUAUUCUGGGACAAUUAGUCUCUCCACAGUUUAAUCAAUCAAAUACUCGUUUGAUCCCCAGAAAUGUGGUGGUUUUGCCAAAUUUGAUCAUGGGAUUGCAUCAUUCUUCAACACUACCAACCAUGAUGCCAAUAUUUGACAAGAAGUUAAUUCCAUGGUCAUCAUCAGAAAUUGUGGUUCCUCAGGAUGAGUCUUGUAUGCUUCUUUCAAAGAGAAAGAUUGGGGUGGAGAGUGAAGAAGCUAGUACAAAAUGUGCAGCCUCAACCGGGGGAUGUCACUGUUCAAAGAGAAGGAAACUGAGAAUAAGGAAAACUAUACGAGUCCCAGCUAUAAGUAAUAAACCAUCUGAUAUACCACCAGAUGAUCACUCUUGGAGGAAAUAUGGCCAAAAACCUAUAAAAGGAUCUCCAUAUCCUAGCAGCACAAGGGGAUGCCCUGCUAGAAAGCACGUGGAACGAUGUUUGGAGGAUCCAAGCAUGCUAGUUGUGACAUAUGAAGGAGAUCAUAAACACUUGAGGAUUACAUUUCAAUCCCCUUCCAAUGUGAUGGUUUAAAUUCAGUAAUAGCAAUGGAAGCUCAUUUAAAGAUUUUGUUUUCACUCGUCACAAGCCUAUGUCGAAUAUUUUAAAAAUGACCCUAGAAAAUGAAGUACAUACAUGGGGGAAUUAAGUUCAUGGGAAAUGAGAGUAUGAUUAGACUUGCAAAAGAUAUACAGUAGAUGAAAAAUCAACUCAAAUCUUCUGAGAUGGGCCUAAAUCUUGAACUAAUAUUGAGCAACAUGUUUUAUUUCUGAGAGGGGCCUUCUAAUGUUGGGUUUUCUCUUUUUUCCCCUUACAUUAGAUAUCAUUUGUAUGAAGAGAAAACCUAUGACUUAAAAAUCUCAAAUUAAAAAUUUUAACAUUCUACA